UCACCUGUGCGUGCAGUGCGGCAUUUGAAUAUUUUUGUUGUUAUUUAAACAUAAAUUUCUAAAAUAACGAUUAAAAUCAUCUUUCAGUAUCUUUAACUAGAAAGUCGCGCCAAAGACCGUAUAUAUUAUAUUUUAUUAAUUCCAAAACAAUUGCAAGCCGCUAACCGUGUUUGGUUUAUGUUUUUACUUUUUAACCUUUGCAACUUUUAUCUACAACAGUCAGGAAAAGUAAAGAUCAGAGGAAAUGUUCAAUCAAAUCGGCGCCGCGGGCGGCAACCCGAACAAGGACCUGGAAGUGGCCUCACCACCUGAAGACACAGUUUCGGCUCUGGAGUUCUCGCCGCCUUCUGUGCCACAGACCUUCCUUAUAGCCGGGAGCUGGGACUGCCGGGUAAGAUGUUGGGAGGUAGAAGCUUCCGGGAAGACAGUGCCAAAAGCAGCUCAGGGCAUGGACGGACCAAUUCUAGAUGUCGCAUGGCAUGAUGAUGGGUCCAAGGUAUUCAUGGCCUCGACAGACAAGAGCGUCAAGUGCUGGGACCUGGCUGCUAAUCAGACUAUGCAGGUGGCUGCACAUGAUGCUCCUGUAAAAACAUGCCACUGGAUCAAAGCACCGAACUACACCUGUCUCAUGACAGCAUCCUGGGAUAAAACACUCAAGUUCUGGGAUACUCGAAGUGCUGUACCAAUAAUGACGAUGAAUCUGUCUGAGAGGUGUUACUGUGCAGAUGUUGACUACCCUAUGGCAGUAGUGGGCACAGCGGACCGCGGCAUCUGCCUCUACACGCUGGAGGGCAAGCCCACAGAGUACAAGCGGGUGGAGUCCCCGCUCAAGUACCAGCACCGCUGCAUCACCAUCUUCAAGGACAAGAAGACGAAGCAGCCGACGGGGUACGCGCUGGGCAGCGUAGAGGGCAGGGUGGCGAUACAGUACGUCAACCCCACCAACCCCAAGGACAACUUCACCUUCAAGUGCCACAGAUCUGCCGGCACUCCUGGCGGAUAUCAGGAUAUCUACGCAGUCAACGACAUAGCGUUCCACCCGGUGCAUGGCACGCUGGCGACUGUCGGCUCAGACGGCUCGUUCUCUUUCUGGGACAAGGACGCGCGCACAAAGCUCAAAUCCUCCGAGCUGCUGGACCAGCCGCUCACCAAGUGCGCUUUUAACCACAAUGGACAGAUCUUCGCAUAUGCUGCCGGAUAUGAUUGGUCCAAGGGUCACGAGCACUGCAAUCCUGCCAAAAAGAACUUCAUAUACCUGAGGCCAUGCUACGACGACUGUAAGCCCAGAACUACAUAGCAUUACAACAUCCUUUUUUAUUAAACUUAAUACAUAUAUUUUUAAAU